GAUAGAACUUAACAUUGUUUAUUAUUAGCAAUAACUCAUCUGUUAACGUGUUUCUAUUACGUACGUAUUUGAUAUUCUUGGAUUUUUUGCUGUGGUAUGUUUUGAUAUGCAGGGUUAUUCUAUUGACCCAGAACAUGGUGAGAUGAUGAUAAAAGAAGAUUAUCCUAUUUUGAAGUCUUUCGUCGCGGGAUCACUAUCUGGAACAUUUUCAACUAUUUUAUUUCAACCAUUAGAUCUUGUUAAAACCAGACUUCAAAGUAAAGUAAAUCUUCAUCUCGAUACUCCAAAAAGUGGAACUUUAAAUACAGUAAUUCAUAUAAUUAAAAAUGAAAAUGUGCUUGGACUCUGGAGGGGUAUGACUCCGUCAAUUACUAGAGUAGUACCUGGUGUUGGAUUGUAUUUUUCAUCAUUACACUGGUUAAAGCACACAUUGCAUCUAAAAGAUCCACUCACACCUACAGAAGCUCUGUUAUUAGGCAUUACUGCAAGGUCUAUGUCUGGAGCUUUAUUAAUUCCAAUAACAGUAGUAAAAACACGUUUUGAAAGUGAAAUUUAUAAAUAUAACAGUGUAGGAGAAGCAUUGAAAUUAAUUUACAAGCAGGAAGGAGUAAGAGGUCUUUCGAGCGGAUUAGUACCAACGCUAUUAAGAGAUGCUCCUUAUAGUGGACUUUAUCUCACAUUUUAUACUCAGUUAAAAAAUAUUGUCACAGAAACAGAUAUAGUUUGCACCAAACUAUCUGCUCCAAUUCAUUUUAGUUGCGGAAUAUUAGCAGGAAUAUUUGCUUCUAUUGUAACACAACCUGCCGAUGUAAUCAAGACAAAAAUGCAAUUAUAUCCUAAUGAAUUUAGAGACGUCCGUGUUGCAGUUUUUAGGGUUUACAAGAAAUAUGGUGUGUUAGGAUACUUUAAAGGCAUUGUUCCUCGAAUGUUGAGGAGGACAUUAAUGACUGCAAUGGCUUGGACCGUAUACGAAGAGGUUACAAAAUUUAUGGGGCUUAAAUAAAAUUAUUUCUAUUCAAUAAUAUAACUUUUUGGUGUUCAUUCACAUAAAAUUUUAAAGAAAUUAAAUAAUUUACGCACAAUGGAAUCAAAGUU